AUGUCAAUUUUGAAUUAUUGGAAAUCUUUAAGUAAUGAGAAGGAGAAAUCAGAUUUCAUGGUCACGAAACAUAUUACAGUUGGAUCUGUAGUAGACGUGGAUCCAAUCCAUCUGACGGAGAAGAAAAAUGGAAUGCGAAUUUACAAAUUUGGCGUUCUGAAAGAAAUUUUUGACGCAUUUUCCAGUACAUAUAACAUGAGCUACAAUAUUAUCCCCACCCUUGAUGAUAGUUAUGGUGUGGAUGUUGGAAAUGGAUCAUUUUCAGGGGUCAUUGGUAUGGUUCAGAGGAAAGAGGUCGAUGUUGGGGGAGGGAUAUUUUCUAGAAUGGAAGAACGUCAAAAGGUUGUCGACUUCAGUGCUGCAAUAGGAGUUGAAGCUAUGAAUAUCAUGUGGGUCAACGUUGAUCUGGCAGAUACAGAUUACAUCAUUGCUCCGUUCACAAACAUUGUCUGGUUGUAUGUACUCAUCGCAGCUUUUCUAAUGGGACCUAUCAUGUAUAUCAUGAUCAACUGUUUUGAACGCAAUGUUCUUCUUGACACUCCUCCCCAGUAUAUAGGUUUGAUGAACUACUACUGGUUUCUCUAUGGUGCUCUGGUAAAGCAAGGCUCCUCGAUAGUGCCCUCUACCGAUGUAAUGCGAAUAUUAUUUCUAACCUGGUGGAUUUAUAUAACAUUUUUAACAGCUGAGUAUACUGCUCAGCUUACCGCUAACCUUACCAAAAACAACAGAACACUACCUAUUCACCAUCUUCAAGAUAUGUCCUCUGAUCCUAGCUUUAAGUGGGCAACCCCAGGCAAUGGGUCCUUCCAAACUAUGAUAGAUAGUUGGCCUGAUUUUGUAAAUUUGAAAAAUGAUAUUAUAUCUGGCAAAGGGAGAUACAUUGGUUCAGCGGAUUAUAAAAAAGAGGGUAAAAGAGAGGGGAGCUCUGCCUGCACCUAUUCUCAGCUAAAUAAGUACACUUUUGGAAAGGUUUCACUUGGAUUGAUAUUUCCUAAAGAGAGUAGACAACUACAGGAAAUGUUUAACAAAGUUCUUCAGAAACUUCUACAAUCAGGUCUUAUAGAACACUCAACGGAUGUUACCUCACCCAACAUUGACUUGGAAUCUGCCUGCAAGGAGGUUGUUGGAAUGGAGCCGAAAAAGAUAUUUCUUUACGAGGUGUCGAUGACAUUUCAAAUGAUGCUCGGAGGGGGGAUAGUAGCGGCCAUAGUGUUUGGACUUGAAAUUUUAUGUUUACCACUAUGGGAAGAAAUUAAGUUGCAGAUGAAAGGUUGUAAAAGAUUUAUGAGAGAAGAAAAAAGAAGAAGACGAAGAUUAAAUAAGAUACAUGUACAUUUGGUUCAACAUAAAAUAUAAAUUUAAGAAAAUAUGUAA